UGUUGUUUAGUUCUGUCGGGGAUGAGCUGAUGAGCUCAGUGCAGCUGGCGGCCCGGUUCCGGUUCGGUGGAAAUGUCUCUCUGGACUCUCUGGACUCUCUGUCUGCUCGGCUCGGUGACCAGGUGCGCCGCCUCACCUGAGCUGGACUCUGGAGGCGGGUCCGGAUCCGGGAUGCUGCCGACAGAAGAGCUGAAUAUUCUGCAGGAGCUUUCUCUCCAGGUGUCAGAUCGCAGUAACUCCUCCCUGACUGUAGAGGGCGCCAGCUGUCCGGUAAUCAGAGUCGGACAGUACGCCACCUUAACGCUCCCCAUGCACCAGAUUUUCAGCGACAGGUUUUCGGAUGAGUUCAGUUUGCUGGUGCAGCUUCGUAGUCGGCAGAGGGACGAACAGAGCGUGUUCACCGUGCUCAGCCCAGACAGCCACAUCACGCUGCAGGUCCGGAUCAGCGCCUACGCCAUCAUUUUCAUCGGGACUCAGCAGCGCCACUACGAGUUCCCCAUCAGCGGCCUGUGCGAUGGAGACUGGCAUCGCGUUGCCUUCAGUGUCUCCAGGAAUCGGCUGCAGCUGUUUGUGGAUUGCUCGCUGCUGGAGAGCGUGGACUGGGUCAACCACGGCCUGGACAUCGGUUCUGAUGGACUCCUCAUGGUUGGAGGCAUCCUGGAGAGUUUUGAAACUCCGUUUGAAGGGGAGCUGCAUCAGCUGUCCUUCCUCUUGGAUGACCCUGAUGGCGCCCAGCAGCACUGCAGCCACCACCCGCCCCGCUGCAGCCGCUCCGCUCCCAAACCGCCUCGCUCCCCGCGCACCAACGUCCUGGAGAAUGAAUCUCAGCGACAAGAGUUGUCUCGUGGCGAUGGGACGAUACCUUCCAGGCCGAACCGAAAGGGCUCAGUGGGACGUGGAGACGUUUUCGUGGUUGAUGAGGACACUGACUUGCUAGAUCCCAUCUUUCAAAGCGGUGGAGUCGUGAACCCUCAGUGGAAACCUUCUAGAAAAGGACUGAAGGGAAGCCAGAAGGGCAAACCGGACGCGCCGUCUAAAAAAGUGGAGGAGAACAUUACAACAGAGAAAAAGACAGACUCUAGGACUUCAGUGGUGUUUCCUCUAAAACCCUCGGAUAAUAUAAUCGACUUGGAUGUCGGAGGUUCCCCAAAGAAGCCCCCGCUGGGAAUUCCUCUGCUUCCCAAGACUCCUAGAGUUUCAACUGAAUCAAAUGAACUAAUAGAGGAGAUCAGCUCUGUUUCACCUGCAACGAGUCAGGCCCCGAUCACUGUCCAGACCACCAAGUCACCGGUGCAUCAUAAAAAGCAUGAAGGGAAAGAAGCAGAACCAGAGAGAGGAAGCCCUCAGAUUGUGACCAUUGUGCCCAGAGAAGGAGAUCUGGUCCUGCGAUCUGACGGGAAAACGUACAGGCUCCGGAGAGGACGACCCGGCAGGAUGGGAGCCCCCGGACCAGAUGGAUGCCUGGGUGAUCCUGGUCCUCCUGGGGUCAAAGGUGAAAAGGGUAAAAGAGGCAUUAAAGGCAGAGCUGGUAGAACGGGCCAGCCGGGGUCGCCGGGACGUCCGGGUUUACCGACAUUUUAUCUGUGGAGGAACACAGCUGAGGAAUGGGCUGCGUUUCAGCAAACUAAUUUCUACCAGCUACUGUCGGCUGGUUGGCCUACUGAGGAAGGACCUGCAGGACCUCGUGGAGAGAUGGGAAAACCCGGCAUACAGGGGCUGCCGGGUGAACCUGGAGAGGAGGGACAACCAGGGAUCCCAGGAGAAAUGGGGGACCCAGGCCCCAGAGGGCCCCCCGGGCGGCCCGGGACCCCAGGCAGAGAUGGGGACGAUGGGGCAGACGGUCAGCCGGGGCCUCCUGGACCUCCUGGAUCACAUGGGCCGUGGGGCCACAGAGGAGAGCGAGGACCACAGGGAGAGAAAGGUGAUGAGGGUCUGGUUGGCGACCGCGGGCCCUGGGGGGAAACUGGUGGGCCUGGGCAGAAGGGUGAGACUGGGCUGCCUGGUCCCCCUGGUCCGAUUGGACCUCCAGGACACCAGGGGCUCCGAGGUUCAGAGGGGGAAGAAGGACCCGCUGGACCUGACGGGGAGAGCGGACCGGACGGCCCCUCGGGCCCCCCAGGGCCACCUGGAGCGCCGGGUUUGACUGGACCAGUUGGUGCGCAGGGAGCUAACGGCUCGAGGGGCGAAAUGGGCCCAGCUGGUGGCGUUGGCCCUCGGGGUCCUCAGGGGCCUCCGGGUCCGCAGGGCCAGAUCGGACCUCCAGGACACAGAGGCCCUCAGGGUCAUCCAGGACUGAUGGGCGCUGCUGGGCCUAAAGGAGAUCCUGGGCCUCUGGGGCCGGUGGGCCGUCGGGGGGAUCCUGGCGUUGAGGGCCCUAUGGGGUUUCCAGGCAGGCCGGGUCAUCUGGGUUUCCCAGGAGCCACGGGGAACAGAGGAGCCGACGGAGACAAAGGAGACGCAGGAGCUAAAGGCGACAAAGGAGAUCCAGGGGCCGCAGGCAUCCGGGGCCCUCAGGGGGAGCGGGGCCCCCUCGGUCUGCCCGGCUUCCCCGGGGUCAGCGGCCCGCCGGGCCCUGCAGGUACUGAGGGGACGGACGGUGAGGGCGGCCUGCAGGGGAAGCAGGGCAGCCUGGGGUUAAAGGGGAACAGAGGACAAGAUGGCCGACCUGGCAAACCCGGACCAAGAGGCAACAAGGGUUUGAGUGGACUGAGGGGCCAUCCUGGCCAACCGGGCCCAACGGGUUUCUCUGGGCAAACGGGACCGCAGGGAGCAGAAGGAAAGCCUGGUACACAGGGUUUGCAGGGCGCCGACGGCGGCGCUGGCUUCAGAGGCUCCAGGGGUUUUCCAGGAAAUGCUGGUGAGAGAGGAGCAAACGGGCCGCCCGGGUCACCGGGGCCACCAGGAAAGUCGGGGCCCCCAGGAUCUCCGGGUCCACCAGGAGAAAAAGGUUUCACAGGGAAACCGGGCCUGGAAGGACCUCAGGGCCCAGUUGGCAUGUAUGGUGCAGUCGGGGCCGUGGGGACGCGAGGGCCUCCAGGAUCACUGGGAGGAAUGGGAGAGGCGGGAAUAAGAGGAUUACCGGGCCCAACUGGGAAGCCGGGUCCCAAAGGUCUGCCAGGUUCUGCUGGAGAGAAAGGACCUCGCGGAUCUCAGGGCCGACCUGGAGAUGAAGGACCCAAAGGAAUCCUGGGACCGCCUGGCCCUCCUGGUCCUCCUGGUCCCAGCGGUGGGACGGGCAAACCUGGACCCAGAGGAACCAUCGGGCCCCCGGGGCCUCAGGGGCCGCAGGGGCCAGCAGGAAUCCCAGGCCCACAAGGCGCUGAUGGCUCAGUGGGACCAGCAGGAGAAAAAGGACACAGGGGUUUCCCCGGACUGCCAGGCGACCCAGGACCCCCAGGACUCAGCGGACCACAGGGUCUUCCUGGACUUGCAGGAACCGAGGGUCCAACUGGAAGGAAAGGAGAUCAGGGGGAUCUGGGUUCGUGUGGGACGAUUGGAGGUCCAGGACCCAAAGGGGAACGAGGAUCCGAGGGGGUCAAAGGUCUCCAGGGUCCCCCGGGACCAGCCGGCAGAGAGGGGGAAGUCGGGCUUCCAGGUGAAGCCGGAGACCCUGGACCCGAAGGAGAGAAGGGCGGUGGGGGGCCCCCCGGUCUGACCGGCCCAGAGGGCCCCUGGGGGUCCAUCGGGGAAAACGGGCUCCAGGGGCCAAAGGGAGAAAAGGGAAACAACGGGAGAACGGGUGAGCCCGGAGCGGCCGGCGGUCCGGGUCCUGGAGGUCCGUCAGGGCUGCAGGGGAUCGCGGGUCGUCCAGGACGAGCAGGACCAGAUGGACCGCCGGGACAGAAGGGGGAACCGGGACCAGCCGGACUCUCUGGACCUCCAGGAUCAGACGGUCCUCAGGGGGUCAUCGGACCCAGAGGGGUCAGAGGAGACGCCGGGGGCUUCGGGCCGCCUGGUCAAACUGGUCAAGCUGGACCAAAGGGGGACGAAGGAGCCAAAGGUGAACCCGGGACGUUAGGGGUCAGAGGUGAACCAGGAGUACCAGGCCCACCAGGAGAACAGGGUGAAGAUGGACUUCCUGGAAUCCAAGGUCCUUCAGGUCUACCAGGGUUGGAGGGACCCCCGGGACAGAUGGGAGCUCAGGGUCCUCCCGGCCUUGUAGGGCCUUCUGGGAUAAAUGGAAAACCUGGAUCUGAAGGGAAACAAGGCGCCAAAGGAGAGAAGGGAGACGAUGGUGGAAUUGGACCUUCAGGGAAAACGGGUCCCAUGGGAAGGAGGGGGAAACGGGGGAAGGCUGGAGUCAGAGGGACCAGAGGAGAGCGAGGACUAAAGGGUGAAGCAGGAGAAAAGGGGACGACAGGCCUGCUUGGCUGGCCAGGAAGGAUUGGAAUUCCUGGGCUACCUGGAGAUCUGGGGGAUCAAGGUGGAAAAGGAGACGAGGGUGAGAAAGGAGACAUGGGAAUACCUGGACCACCUGGACCUGAGGGCAAAAAGGGAAGUCGAGGUCCAGUCGGUCUGACUGGUCCAGCCGGCCAGAAAGGAGAACAGGGAAACAUCGGUCCGCCCGGGCCCAGAGGAGCGCUGGGAAUGCCCGGCUUACCUGGAUGGUUUGGAUUAAAGGGGUUGAAAGGUUACCAAGGUCAACCUGGACUUCCUGGAAGGAGGGGCCUCCCAGGCCCACCUGGAGUCCCCGGCCCCCCAGGAAAGUCACUGAACAUCACUUUCACUCAGAUAAAGAGCCUGAUGUACAUGUCGGACAAGCCAAACUUCUCCCUGAUCCAGACGCUGCUGGACUCCCUGCAGCAGGAGCUGCGGCUGCUGCUGGACCCUCCUGACGGGACCAAGCUGCGCCCGGCCACCACCUGCCUGGAGCUCUGGCUCUGUCACCCCGACUUCAGCAGCGGAAUGUAUUACAUCGACCCCAACCAGGGCAGCUCCGCCGACGCUCUGCUGGCUUACUGCAGCUUCACCUCCUCAUCAAAACAGACCUGCCUUCACCCCGAACACUCCCAGCUGCCGAUGAAAGCUUGGAUGGAGGAAUCAGCUGAGGAUGGAUCGUUUCAGUGGCUCAGCAGGUUGGAUCAGGGUCAUCAGUUUUCUUAUCCAGGUGAGAGUGUGGUGCAGAUGCGUUUUCUGCGGCUGCACAGCGUCUCUGCGUCUCAGACGGUGACCUACUCCUGUCAUCCAGGAAGCCGUCUGGGUCCGACCGACACAGAGGUGAAAUUCCUCACCGAUACCAGGAUGCAAAGCUACCUCGGAGAGCUGAAUGACUGUGUGCCUGUGGAGGAGACGGUUUCCGGUUCUGGAGAGUCUGUGUUGGAGUUCGAGGACCUGCAGCUGCUUCCUCUCAGAGACGUGGCGGUGAUGAACAGCGGAAACUUCACGCACCAGUUCAGCUUCACCGUCGGACCCGUGUGUUUCAGCUAGAAACCUUCCGCACAGAAAUCCAGCAGGAUUUUAAAUCACGAACUCAGAAAGAUCUUCUUUCUCCAGUUUCUGGAGAUUUCUCUAAGUUCCUUCUCUUUUGUUGGGGGAUUGAAUCCCUCGGUUUCAGUGACUCUGUUGCUUUUUUAACAGAGAAAUCAUUUUUGUUUACAGAGACAUUCAUCUGGUAUAAAGUAAAUUAAAUAUGUAUGUUUUUUGUGCUGUUCACAUUCGUUAGUUUGUAUAUGAGUCAGACGGUUUUGCUUCCAGGCCGGUUCUGUCCCACUGAUGCCAGUUUAUCACUUUAACUAAAAGUGCUGAUCAUUUAUUUAAAGCUUAUUCAGAUGCUGUCGUCAUCUCAUGCAUACUUGGUGCUAGCUGUUUACGAUCAGUCCUCGUUUUAAAAGAUGCAAAGCAUUUCUGUUACAUUUUGUUUCUGUAUUUUGAUGUACAUAUAAAUAUAAUUUUUUUCUUUUACAUCUCAGGUAUGACACACACAGGCACUUCAUCUGCUGUUGUCCCAGCAUGUUUGUUUGUUUUUCUUUCUUUUUUUUUUACAGUUUUGUUAAAUCUCUAAAUCAAAACUUAAUAAAUAUUUGAACUUGAGACACAGAAAUAUAUUUAGGUUGAUUAAUUUGUUUUACAACUAAAAGUUAUUUCUAAUUUUUGGGUAUGAAGGUUUUUAGAUGAACUUGACUUCUAAGGAAUAAAAAUUAGUACCAGUAUUAUUGAGAAGCAAUGUGUCGUAAAAUUUAGGGAAUGUUGUAGUAAAAGUAAAUUAUAUGCUUUUGUUUUGAUGAUGAAACUUUGAAACAAGGUGGGUUGAUAUGACGUUUUAAAGUGAUUAUAAACAGAUUCA